AUGCUGAUAGGAUUACUGUUUGUGCUGAUUGUUCAGGUGUCUGAUAUGUUCGUCCUCAACCCUGUGAUGUAUGCCGAUAGUUUUAAUGCUUGUGUUGAUUGUUCAGCAUGGGAACAUGGAUAUAUUCCGAAAAGGCACCACGUAUGCGUUACGCCACCCCUACCCCUACCCCUACCCCAGGCCACGGCGGCGGAAGAGGCCGAGCGCCACCUCAAUGGCACCACCUACGCCGCCAGAAAGCUGGCCGGCAGCUGCAAUGUCUUCCGGGGAAAAUGGGUUUACGACGCCUCAUACCCCCUCUACGAUUUCUCAACCUGUCCCUUCAUAGACGACGAAUUCAACUGCCUCAAGUACAAAAGACCUGAUCAAAUGUACCUCAAGUACAGAUGGCAGCCCUUCUCAUGCAACCUACCCAGGUUCAAUGGGGUGGCAUUCUUGGAGAAGUUCAGGGGGAAGAACAUCAUGUUCGUGGGCGACUCACUGAGUCUGAACAUGUGGGAGUCGUUGAGUUGUAUGAUACACUCGUCGGUCCCAAACGCGAGGACUUCACUCAUCAGAAGAGAUGGUCUAGCUGAAGUCGCAUUCCUGGAUUAUGGGGUUAGAUUGCUAUUAUAUCGCACUCCAUACCUUGUUGACUUAGAGAACCAAAAGGUGGGACGAGUUCUGAAGCUCGACUCCAUUCGAAAUGGAGACUUUUGGAGAGGAAUGGACGUCUUGAUCUUCAACACGUGGCAUUGGUGGACUCACACCAAAAGUUCUCAACCAUGGGAUUACAUUGAGGAAGGAGGUAAAUUAUACAAAGAUAUGAACCGUUUGAUAGCGUACUACAAAGGGUUGACAACAUGGGCGAGAUGGGUGAACCGAAAUGUUGAUCAUUCCAAAACUAAAGUCUUCUUUCAAGGAAUUUCACCCACACAUUAUGAGGGUCGGGAUUGGAACGAACCAUUAAAAUCAUGCAAAAGUGAGACACAACCGUACUUCGGAAUAAGGUAUCCGGCAGGAACUCCAUUAGCAUCAGUGGUAGUGAACAAAGUGUUGAGCAGAAUCAAGAAGCCUGUCUACUUGCUCGACAUCACACAGCUCUCCCAGUACAGAAAAGACGCACAUCCCACGUACUACAGCCUGCACAACGGCUUAGAUUGCAGCCACUGGUGCCUGCCGGGGCUCCCUGACACUUGGAAUCUGCUGCUCUAUGCAGCCCUCUUCAGUUGAAAUUCAUUGUUUUUGAUCAUCAUACAUAUUUAUAGGGGUUUUCUUUUUCUUUCACAUUUGUUGUGCAAGUGGGUAAAUAAGAGUGAUGAGAGAAUGGGAUGAUUCAAUUGUACACUAACUCAUUGUUUUGGGGCAUCCAAGGGUUUGCCUACAUUCAUGGAAUUAAUUAAUGAUUAUCACAUUAUGUUU